UAUGUAAGUCAGUGUUUUCUUGUAAACAGUUCCAAGAUAGAGUUUUCCAUGAUUAUAAUAACGUCUUCAACAUGAGGAUCAUAAUUUUGUUGAUGUUCGGUAUUGUCACUGCUCAAAGAGAGAUCACUAUACCAAGUCUUGGUAAGGUAGAGGGGAAAAUAGUCAACUUCCAGGAAGACGAUUUCAUUGGUGUUUCAACAGAGAUUGAUGCAUUUCUGGGAAUCCCUUAUGCCGAGAACCCACCAAUCCGCUUCUCUCAGGCCACGCCCAAGGCGCCAUGGAGUGAUGUAUGGAACGCUACUUACUUCAGAUCCCCUUGUGCUCAGCUCAGCAAUGAAGUAGAUACAUGGGAUGAAGAUUGUCUUUAUCUUAACGUAUUUGUGAAAUAUCCAAGACCUACAAAUGCAGCUGUGAUGGUAUGGAUUCAUGGAGGAGGUUUUUCUAUCGGGACUGGGUCUUCAUAUGGUCGAUAUGGUGUGCCUCUCGUUGCUGUUGGGAAAGAUGUGAUCAUAGUCACACUGAACUAUAGACUCAUGGUAUGGAGUGUCUUCAACACAGGGGACGAUGUUGCUACUGGUAACUAUGGCCUUCUGGAUCAACAACUAGCUCUACAGUGGAUUCAAGAUAAUAUCGGAGCAUUUGGAGGCGAUUCCAGUAAAGUGACGUUGUUCGGGGAAAGUGCUGGAGCAGCUAGUGUUGAUUUUCAUCUCCUGUCAGAAGGAAGCAAAGAACUUUUCAGCCAAGCUAUAAUGCAGAGUGGAACAUCCCUAUCACCAUGGGCAUUUCGUCAUAACCCGGAAGCAGAUCGACAGGAAGCUAAUGCGCUUGGAGCUAAAGUUGGAUGUGAUUUUGAAGACUCCACUCAACUAGUAGAUUGUUUGCGGAUGGUUGAUGCCGUUACUCUAAUGAAUGCUUUUUGGCAGGUAUACCCUCGUAGCUACAUACGUUUAGAUGGCAUAUUUCUGAAUGAUACCCCUUCAAAUCUGUACGCAUCUGGUUCCUUCAAGAAAGCAACAAUCCUUGCCGGAUACAACAAGGACGAAGGUUACAUUGCAGUAAAAGAUAUGUUUAGUGAAUACCAGGGUGAUGAAGUCCCAACGAUGUCUAAGUCAAUGUACACGGAAGAACUUCCGAAAGUUCUGUAUGGUAACACUGAUGAAAUAUUGAUGAGGUCCAUUGACCAGCAGUAUAUCGACUGGACACAGGCCGAUAAUGUGAGUGCGGACUAUCUUCCUGCAUUCACCGGAGCUGUUGGCGAUCAGAGAUUUUCUUGCCCAACUGAUCACGUGAUACGCGCUCACGUCCAAUCGGGGGACACAGUAUUCAAUUAUUUCAUGACGCAUGCACCCAGCACGUCAUAUUUUCAGUCUGGACUAAAUGGAUCGGGACCAGGUUGGCUUGGGGCGACACAUACAGAAGAUAUCCAGUUUGUAUUCGGAUGGCCAUUCAUUUCAGAAUGGAUGGCUGAUCGUCGACCUCUUCAUGAUGAUGAAAUUGAUCUGUCCGUGAAAGUCAUGACCAUGUGGACCAAUUUCGCUAAAUAUUCACAUCCAGGCAAGAUGAACAAUAGUGUUGAACCCGAAAAAGAAGGUGACUUCUAUUGGCCUAUAUAUACUAUACCUGAGCUUGAAUAUAAAGAGCUCUCUUUAGGAUUGACAAAUGAUCGAGCUAUCAGGGCAGAUGAGUGCGCCUUUUGGAAUUAUUACGUUCCAGAUCUCGUUCAGCUAAUAGAGAAUGUUCCGAGUGGUGAAGAAGAGUGGCGGGAGGAUUUUGAGAAAUGGCAGAACGAUAUGGAAGAAUGGAGAAAUGUUUUUGAUGAAUAUCAACAAACAGUACAAUGUUGAAUUUAAUGAGUACCUUUUAAUGAUUACCUAAACCUCACGUUCAUUUUCACCAAUAAUUUAUCAUUGCUAUUUAUUCUCUUAUUGAAAUGAUACUGAUCAGACUAUGUAAAUCGCUGUUGUACUAUAACUUUUGUGAGGAUAUUUCCAUAACAUACCCAUUUAAUCCAUGCCGCAUUUUCUUGUAAAUAUCCAUAUAGAAAAGUGUAGGUUUCGUGGUAACUGAUUUAUAAUAGAAAAUGUAAUCAUUAACAUAUAAAUUGCAAAGAAAUAUACAAUAUACAGACCACUAUCACAUUGUACCCUUAGCAGUUGUCGCAUACAUCUUUUACUUGCUAUUUGUGAAUAGUUUCAUUGUGAUGAGCCUACUCUCAUCCAUUCUGAUCUUCCAAAAUGCUAUUUGUAAUCACCCUAAUCACCUAAUCAUGCUAAUGGGGCAAAUUAAUUUUGAUACAAUAAUCAUUGCAAGCUUGUUCAUACUAAACACCCUUGUUAAGCGUAAAUUUACCUUCAUUAUGAUUUUCUAGUUUUCACGGUCAGUGUCUAGUUAAAGAUCCUUAUCAUUAUAAUUAUAUUGACAUGUUGACGAUGAACCAUUAUUAUUCGUUGUAAAUGCAGUUACAUGUAUAAUAGAUGAGGUUUGGCAUUAUCACUCAACUGCCUGUCAACCAUAGUGUAAUUUAUCUUUUGAUGUUGCCAUGCAUGAAAAUAGAAGCAAGCAGCAGGGACAUCUUUUUACAACAGAUAUUGGCUUGAUUUUAAAUCAUUACAUGCAAGAUGAACUUCGAGCGUUUCAGAUGAGGGAAAAUUAUUAAUCAAGUUUUAAAUUGAAAAUACUUUUUCUCGAAAGACACUUGAGAUACCUUCCACCCGAUUCUUUCUUAGGUUCAUGGCAAUAAAUGCUAGAUAUAUACUGCUGAACUGAUAAACUCGAUCAAAUUCACUAGGCGAGGUACACACCUACAGCAUAAAAAAUCGAUAUGUUAUGAAAUAUUCGAGAAAGUUACCAUGGAAACCAGAGUGACGUCGAUCAAGCUAUAACAACGUUUAUCACAAUAGAUAGGCCUAUAUCUUGAAUACUUUGUCGAGCUAGACCGACGAGGUCCCGAAAUAUAUUGAUCAGACUUGAUCGGAUAGAUUGUUUUGGCGAUUGGAAUCUGGCAUUUUGAUUAAGAUUAACUGAUUUAAUUAAUUCCUUUUUGAGUUUCAAAUAAUGGUAGAAAAACAUAUAAAUAAGAAAAAAUACAUAUAUUAAUAUGUAAUAUGGACAUAAACGAAAUACAUAGAUUUUACUCAUACAAUUAUUACCAGAGGUGAAUAUAUCCUCCGCCCAAUGUUUCAGGCAUAGGGGAUGGCCUGUGUUAUCACCAAUAAGUUAAGGUAUGAUCACAAUAUGAUGAUGAAGAUGAUGAUGAUAAUAAUGAAAAUAAUGAAAAUGAUAAUAAUAGCAAUAAUAAUAACAACAACA